AUGCCCCGGCUCGAGUUUAAGGAUAAUAAUGUCGCGUGCAAGACAAAUGAAAAGAAAGUCGCGCCUCUUAUGUGCUUCACACAUCUUCAAGCGUAUGCGCUGAUGAAUAAACGCAAUAACAUUUUUCUGCUCUCUGGCUUAUCGACCAAGACAUCAUUUGAUUCGAAAACUUUCAGCACUUACGUAGAAAAUUGGACAAGUAAACAGAUUAUUCGAUGGAUUGAAGGCAUUGGUGAAUGUGUGAAACCAUGGAUUCAUCUCCUAGAAUCAAAUAUUCUUUCCGGAAAACAUCUUUUAAUCGUUGAUGACGAUUAUUUAUCGAGAAUUGGAAUAGCUCAACUUGGUCCACGACGAGUUAUUUGUCAAGCCGUUCAACUGCUUAUACAAAAUUGCGCAGAGUUGCGAGUGGAAAAUCUGCAAAUGCUGACAAUGAAUGUGCGAAUAGCAGCAGUGACUCUCGCGCGUGAAAUGAUGACUUCUCAGCGAUUACGUGAAACCGCACAUACAAGGACUCAAAUGGUGACUAUUCUCAAUGAAGUAUCAAAGACUAUUUCAAAUUUGGACGAAUGUGCAAAAAAGCUCAUUUUUUGGCUAGACAGGAGUCCCUUUGACUCAAUUCAGUGUUACAUCGACUUUCGAAUGCGGGUACUUGUCAUUGUGCUCCAAGUUCUGCGAAUGAUAAAUGUCCCUCCUAAAAUCCUUUUCAACAGUAGCAGCGAAAUUAUCAAGAGAGCGUAUGAAUUGAGGGAUCAAUGUGAUUGGGUGAUACGUGAGUGCGACGAUCCAUUAAUUAUUUCGACAUCUUACAUUGAUAAGAUCGUGCUUCGGCGGCAUAGCUCCACAACACAUUGGGGAUUGAAUUUAUUUUCUUCGUAUCGUGGUGCUCACGUGAUUUCUGAAAUCAAGAUUGGUUCGCCGGCGGAUUUGUGCAGUCAAGUAGAUGCUGGAGACGAAAUUUUGAUGAUCAAUGAUGAAACAGUAGUUGGAUGGGACUUGUCGGCUGUUGCUGAACGCCUUGGGUCGGGUGCUGAAAGGAGAACGGAACUCACUCUUGUGCUUCGAAAAAUGCCCAAUCUCGAUCUUCCUGCUAACACACUUCUACGUGAACGAGAGACGCCCAAGCCAAAAGCCCCUCGAAUUCUUACGAAUCUCGCACCUGGAAGUCUUAUUUCGAACUUUGCUAUUGAUGAAGAUGAUUCAAAGCAGCUUCCCGAGAUUGAGCCUCGUUCACCAAUUAAAAGGCGUCGAUCCUCUACGUUCAAAACCGUGCUUCAACGAUUCUUUAAAGGUGGUCUUCAGUCAUCCGCACAAUCUGCAAGUAGUCAAAGCACUAAUGAUGAGACACUUGCACCUAAGAAAAGACGCUUUCGUUUAAAAAAGAUUUUUCGCCGAUUU